UCUUCUCACUCUCAAACUCACCCUCAUCCUCUCUAUCUCGCUGCUCCAGUGUCAAUUCCACUCCCUUCAAAUCCCUGCUAAGCAACGCAAAAUCUGAGAGUUUGAAAGUUUUGGAACUUGACAACGGCCAGUUCAUUCCCAUGUAGCGGUGAGAGAAUCAUUGUUCAUUGUUUAGUUCGGUCAGCAUUUCUGCAGGUGAUCCUCUAAUUCGUGUUUCGAAUCCGGUAUUAGCGAGUGUGCGUUUGAGAGCUUGGUCUGCGUUUGAGAAAGACCAAUCCCCACAACAAAUAACCGACACGCAUGAGGGGGGAGAGGAGAAUGACUCGAUGUUCGUGAGGAUACACACGCAUAUCAUCGUGAAAGAUCUAAGAUUGGAUUAAGUACUCUUCUGGCACUCAAUCAAACAUCCUCGACCAUGGCAUAUACAUAACCUUCAUCGAGUGUCAAAAAGUGGUAGGACAGGCUGUUGAAAUUCAGACUACGACAUGGUUCUGUUGAUGGUUAUCUUCUUUCAGGAAUUCCUUGGAAGAGAAGCAAGGCAAUAUCACACUAUUUUUCCGCAUGGGCAACAUGUCUGGAGUAAGAUCAACGACAACCAUGACUGUAAGCGUGGUUUUCCUGUUGGCGGUGUGCUCGGUGAGCAUCGUCAGAUGUUCCCUGGACUUGGACUUGGACAUGGAUGUUGUGAAGACUGAAUCCGAAUGGCAGUUCAUAGAUGGGGACAUUGACACCUUUACUGCAAACGCCACGGCUCCGGCACCGGUCCCCCCGGCAACAUCAUCCGGCAAAACGAUCACGUUAGUGAACGGCGAUUUUGAGAUGAUCAACAGUACAGCAGUAAAUGAUACCACCCUUGUGAGCAUGAGUGGGACCGACAUCCCAAACUGGAGUCCGGGGGGCGCUGGCGUGCAGAUUCUGGUCAGCAACACUUACAAGAUGGCCGUGGAUUCGCCCUCGAGUAAGUACUGCAUCCACCUGAACAACCCGGGUGCCUCCGUUAACGGCACGCAAGGGUCCAUCGCGACGAUGCUGGCAGUCAACGCUGUGGCGGGCAAGACUUACACGGUGCACUACGACGUGGCGCGGAUGCCGGACGGCCCCUUAAACCUGUGGCCGGCGUUGAGGGUGUCAAAUAUCCAAGGUAUCGAAGUCAAUGACUGGGCGAUUAAGCAGCCAGUGUUCAACAUGACGGACUCGAAAACGCAAAUCACUUGGACGAAGCAGAGCUUUGUGUACACAGGCAAAGGAGCAUCGACGAUAAUCAUGUUCGAGAGCAUGUCGGAGAAGUACGGGGCCCUGAUCGACAACGUGGAGACGCUGAGUGGGAAACACGAGCUGGCCGCAGCCCCGCCCUCUAAGAUGUCCGCGCUGAGCCAGAGACUCGCCCCCUUCGUCACACUCGUCGCCCUCACAUACUUUCACAGCAUCGUCUAGUCUGUAUUGCACUGGAUCAGUAAAGCUCAAGGAGGGCGCCCUACCCUCCUAUAAAACGGACCAAGAUUCUGUGGCUGUGUUUUUGCAUACGAUUAUCUUCUGCCACAAGAGUGUCCACUUCCAGGAGCUACUGAUCACUACGAGGGGUUAGCCUCAUCACCUUGGACGAACCCUGUCGCAUAAUGAAAUUCAGGCAUAGUUUGCAUAACUCUUGCUUCACAGUUUCUCAUCACUCUUUGUUCGUAUCUAUCCCUUCUCAGAAAAUAAACACUUUCGCAAUUCUGUAUUCCACACUUCUGCGGUAGUUUUCCUCGGAUAAUUAUUUCUGGAUCAAUGAGAUGUGGGCUCCAAUUCAGAUGAGUCAUCUUUACUUGGUAUCACAUGGUUCGAUUGCUGCUUUAAACAAGCAGUGGCAGACUUCAUGCGAGCUUAGCACAAUAUCAAGUUCAUUUGAUUA